AUGGCGGCCUCUCCGCAGAGUGGACAGGCGACAGAACUGAAGAAAACAGUUAACUUUUUACACUGCACGGCAAUUCUCAUAGCCUUAACGGGACACAUCGCCAUCUUUAUCCGUCCAUCGGACAUUCUGGCGAACAUCGGCUCCAUCGGUGGCUUCUUCAUAUUUUUAUUCGUCACGGGUCUGACGAAUUUACUCCUGGCCCUGUGUUUUGCCGAGGUCGGGACGAUUUACCCGAAGGCCGGCGGUCCUUACGCCUUCGUGUUGAUCGUGUUUGGCAGCCUGCCAGGCUUUCUGACCAUGUGGGGAUACGUGUGCCUUGUAUCGGGGCCCUUCUGGGCUCUCAUGGCUUACACUGCUGUUGUAUACCUGGUCAAGCCAUUCUUCCCAGGCUGCGAUCCACCGGAGACCGUCCUCAAACUACUGUCAGCCUGGACAUUAGUCACGGUGGUUGUGAUCAACUGUCUGUACAUGAAGUACAUCACCCGUGUCCAGACGUUCCUGAGCGGAACCAAGAUGGUGGCCAUGUUGAUCUUGAUCAUCGCCGGUUUGAUCCAGUUUGGACAAGGAGAGAGGGCUAAUUUCGAUGACAUGUUUACGGGCACGACCACUGACGCUGGCGGAUUUGCUAUGGCAGUCUUUGCUGGAAUAUUUGCCUAUGGUGGCUGGCAAGUGUUACUGAGCCUACUGGAGGAAGUCAAAAGACCUAGUCGAGACGUACCACUCUCCUUGUACACUUCGUUUGCCAUCCUGAUCGGGUUCUACAUCCUCAACAACAUGGCCUACCUGACACUUCUGACACCACAGGAGAUGACUCACUCCAACGCCGUAGCCUUGAUGUUUACGGAUCGCGUGGCCCCGCCCCUGACGCCUGUCAUCUCCAUACUGGUGGCCGUGGCCGCCAUUGGUGUACUCAAUGCUACCAUCUUAGGCCAUUCCAGAGUAGUGUUCGCCGCAGCAAGGUCCGGUCAUCUCCCUCAGGUCUUCUCCAUGAUUAACCGGAAGUACCUGACACCCUGGCCUGCCAUUGGCCUAUUGUUGCUCAUCUCACUGGCCAUGCUGUUCACCGGUUCUGUGUCACUUCUCGUCGACUUCAUCAGUUUCUUCUCCACACUGUUAUCGUUUACCAUUGUCUGCUGUCUGCUCUACCUCCGAUGGUCCCAGCCAGGUAUUGAUCGACCACUAAAACUAAAUUUGGCCAUUCCCAUUUCGCAACUUUUCGUCACUAUUUUUGUGGAAGUGUUAGCCAUUUAUACACGUCCUCGUAAGAUGGGCCUGGCCAUUCUCAUUAUGGCUGCCGGAUUUCCUGUCUACUGGGUGGGAGUCUGCUGGAAAAAGAAACCUAGGGCUAUUUGCAGGAUAUCAGAUCAAAUUACUCGCACAAUACAAUGUGUAUUUGAGGUGAACUACCCCCAGAAUCUUUGAUCUCCCCAUCAGCACAGACUAUGGUGCCCAAUUGGCAGCUUGUUCCAAGACUAUGUCGGUUACUGUGGAGAACCUCAAAUCUCAUACCGCUGACCGGAAGUGUUGAUAUAUGCGGAGUAAUGUCGGUAGCAAUAUGGGCCACGCAGGGAUACAUUAUCAUCGAACUGUAGUCAGGAGAUUUUUGGACAAUUGAGUUGUUUUAUUAUGAGUUUUAUGCAGAUCGUCUAUAACAUACCGGUGUUUCUUUGCUGUUUUGAUCGAAGCCUCUUGUACACCUCUUGGUAUCCGAGAUUACUUCUGGACUAUACCUCAGUAGA